UCCGGUCCGGAGAAGAGCUGUUUCAUACUUUCAUUCCACUCAACAUAUUAGUGGCCAAGUUCAGUGACCAGUAUGACCAUAAAAUAAAGUUCAGUGACCAUUUGGUCUUUUGUUCAACUAUUACCCGAAUAAGAACGAAGAAAAAGAAAACUAAACACCGAAAAAUCGAACGUCGAAGGAAGUAGAAAAGGAAGAAGGAAGAAAGAUCGAGACCCGGCGGAUCAGGAGAAAAACGAGCGACCGGCCUUCCCCGGGAAACAAGAUUGCGCUAGAACUUCAAGUUCAUCUUUUCACCCGGCGAUUACUCUCACGGUCACGGUAUCUCCGUGCCCUGUCGCUGGUUGUGUCUGUUUGAAGACGAGCUUGGUGACGGUUCGAUCGGAAACAAGGCAGCCGAGGAGGAGGAAGAAGAAGCAGUAGAAAAGGCAGGGCAGCUCCGGCAAUCCGCCGCUGCUUGGCCUUUUAUCGCUUCCCGCCAUAAUCCGCGCAGGUGGCCGGGGGAGUGUCGAUUGCCGCCGCUGAUCGAGCGUCUGCAUCCCUGAGAGGUUCGUUUGGUCGUUUUAACGAAUUUUAUUUGUUUAAUUCACGAGAACAAGAACUGUUUCACUGGUUAGCGAAUGAGAUCGUAAUCUGUGAACCAGCACGAAUUAGAAUUCGAAGUUGAAGGCUCGUUUUGCUCGAUUCAAUGAGGCCUCGUGGAUUAUGGCUGUUGUGGGUAGUAGGUUAGUGAUUCAGUGUUUGCUAAAUUGCUGGAUUCAAUGCCAACACCAGUCUUAGAAGUGACAGUGGCUUCAGGAAUUGGCGUACUAGUAUCGAUUCUGUACUCGAUGACAUGUUGAUCUUAUAGUUGCAUUUCAAUGUGGAUUCUACAAACUGUAGUUAGUUUAGAAUUCAGUCAGAAGGGAAACAAUCUGCUUAUUUUCUCUCCCCUUGGAUCCCUAUACUGAAUUCGGGGAGUUAUGGACAAUCCUAUGAUGUUGUAACUUGCUUGCGUUCUGUGUUGAUUACUUUCUUUUGCUGUAUCCUGCUGUGUCCUAUCGUUACCGGUUGUCAUAUAUCCGCAUAAAUCCACGGUCUUGAUAGAAAAGAAGUACGAUGACAAGCAUAUGUCUUUGCCCUUUCUCUUUAUGUAGGAGACUUGUUAUUUCCUGUUACACAAACAAUGGUCUGGAACUAAAGGGUCUCUUACUUAUUUUCAGGUUCGUUUGUAAGAUCUGCCAUGGUCGCUCGAGAAGGUAAGCCCAAGCCUGGUCUUUGAGACAUACUUCCAACUAAUAGAAAGGGAACUCAACAGAGUUAUUGCUGAUGGGGAGGCCACUUUUCUACGAGAUACUGGAAAAACCAGCCACGAGCUGCAUUAUAGCAUUCUGCACUGCAGUGUGGUUUUACAUACAGAAGAAAAACCUCGGCUAUUCACAUGUCGGCUCGAGUUACGAAACAGCAUUGGAAGGCCACCAUUGGAGGAUAAUCACUUCAGCAUUUUCACACAUCAGCAUUAUUCAUCUGGUAUUCAACAUGAGUGCACUCUGGAGUCUCGGAAUAGUCGAACAGUUGGACCACAUGGGGCUUGGCUCACUGUACUAUCUUCAGUACUCACUCGUGUUGGUUGUCUUAUCUGGCGGGCUAGUGAUCGCAAUGUACCACGUACUGAUAAAUAGAUUCAAACUGGAGUAUUUCAAAAGAGUGACAGCCGUCGGGUACUCUUGUGUUGUCUUCGGGUGGAUGACAAUUCUCUCUGUGAAGCAGCCCUCCACAAAGUUGAAUCUCUUUGGACUUCUCUCUCUUCCUAUCAGUUUUGCGCCAUUCGAGUCAUUGAUCUUCACUUCGAUAAUUGUUCCUCAAGCGAGUUUUCUUGGCCACUUGUCUGGAAUCAUCGUGGGGUAUGGUAUUGCUUGGGGCUUGAUCGGUGGGAUGAACAACUUCUGGGCUAUAUCGAUGCUGGGCUGGAUUGGGGUCGUUUUCGUGAUCAGUCUGAAGAAGUCUGGAGCUUGUGAUUUCGAGUUUCUCGAGAUCGAGUCUGUAACAGAUCCUUCGUUGCCUUCUGUGAGGUUUCUUGGAAAUGGUAGAGUUUUGCAGAUGGGUACAAUUCCAGUUGCCGGUGUAGAACUUGUGUGAUCCUGAAUAUGUUAUAUUGCUCUUUGAUGAUCGAUCAAGUUCCUCUGUAUCAAUCCUUUUGUGGCGUAGCUUGAUAGUUGAUAGUCUCUUCUUCCACAGGACUAUUAAUGUACUUACUGUAAUUGUCCAAAGGAAAACCGAGUCGCCUAUUCUUUUGAUACAGGUAACCUUGUUGUAUGGAUAGGUUUCUCUUGAGAAAUUCUUGUAUGAUCCUUUUGCAGAAAGUAAGUACACGAUUUUCAUACUUGACCAGACUACUGUUUUGUCAAUACCGAGCAGAGAAACAGAGAUGGUAAAUACUUAACCAGUCAACCAUUUGUUGCAUGUAGCUGGGAAUGGAUUUUGUAUGGUUCACUUUCAGUUUGGCAUUUUGAUGCUUGGAUCUGUCAUGGGAUUGAUUUCUUUUGAAGAUAAAGGUUUUAUGAUAAA